AUGGACUUGCAUAGAACCAAAACAUCAGCUGCGUCUGAUACAGCUACGCAGUAUACUAGUGGUGUUACCACACCGGAUGUUUUCGCGGAAGAGAAGGAACAGCAGCAGUACAAGCAGGAUAUGGAGGAGAUCAGAUCUACUCACGACGAAGCAACCAACAAAAUUCAAGAGGAGUAUCCUAGUGGCAUGCGGCUAGUUCCCAUCUUGGUCGCUGUACUGUGUGCAGUAUUCCUUACUGCUCUGGACAUGACCAUCAUUGGCACUGCUAUUCCCAAGAUCACCGAUGAAUUUCAGGGCCUCAACAUGGUCUCUUGGUAUGGCUCCGCGUACUUCAUGACAUUUGGUGGUUUCCAAUCCGCAUCUGGUAAAUUCUACCGAUACUUUCCGCUCAAGUGGUCAUUCCUCGGGGCCAUCUUCGUCUUUGAGAUUGGAAGCUUGGUCUGUGCCGUGGCUCAGAACUCGACAACGUUCGUCGUGGGUCGCGCAAUCGCUGGUGUCGGCUCUGCCGCUGUAGUAACGGGUGCGUUCACUAUGGCUGCAUUGUCUGCCGAGCCAAAACGACGACCAGCUCUUAUGGGCCUUGUUGGUGCAGUAUACGGUCUAUCUAGCGUCGUCGGUCCGCUUUUGGGAGGUGUCUUUGCAGACACGGUGAGCUGGCGAUGGUGCUUUUACAUAAACCUUCCUAUCGGCGGGGCCUCUGGCGCCCUGGUAUUGUUCACCUACAAGACCCCACCGCAAGUCGUCGUCGUCAAAGCGACUUGGAAAGAGAAGUUUUUGCAAAUGGAUCCUCUCGGCAUCGCCUUUGUCAUGAGCGGCAUCGUCGCGUACAUCCUGGCACUCGAGAACGGUGGCCAGAAGAAGCCUUGGGGCAGCAGUCUUGUCAUCGGUCUAUUGGUAGGCUUCGUGGCCAUUCUGAUCACCUUCAUCGUAUGGGAGAUCUUCAAUGGCGAGCGCUCGAUGCUUCCACCCCGUCUUCUCCGCGAGCGCACCCUAUGGCAGCCAUCCGCUUUCAUCUUCUUCUAUUCGUCGGCGUAUCUUGUACUACUGUACUAUCUGCCGAUCUACUUCCAGAGCGUUGACAACCGAAGCGCAAUCAACUCGGGUGUACUCAACCUUCCUUUGGUCCUCGCAAUGGUGAUAGGCAGCAUCAUCAGUGGUGGUGUUGUAUCGAAGACGGGCUACGCUGCACCUUUCAUGAAUGCAGGUGCUAUCCUAGCGACUAUCGCUACUGGUAUGAUGUAUACGUUUGACAUCGGCACUGGACUAGGCAAAUGGAUAGGAUACCAGGCUCUUUAUGGUAUCGCAGUGGGCUUGGGCUUUCAGAUGGCCAUCAAUACAGCUCAGGCCAACGCAACCAUAGAGGACAUGUCCUCGGCGACGGCAACAGUCUUUUUUUUCCAAACCAUCGGCGGCGCAUUCUCAUUGACCGCUGCCCAGUCCGGCUUCGUAAAUCGCAUGAUUACCACACUUGCGAUCACAGCACCAAACGUGGAUCCGCAAGCGGUAAUCGGAACUGGAGCUACUCAGCUUCGACAGACAUUCAGUACCGAAGAUAUACCUGGCAUUGUGGUGGCAUACAUGGCAGGAAUAAAAGUCGCACUCGCUAUUGCGAUCGCUUUGGCGGGUGUAGCGGUCCUAGCUGCCGCACUUACACCCUUCAAAAAGCUCAACAUGGAGAAGGUUCAGGCCGGAGCUGCGUAA